CCAACGCCAAGACAAGGCAAGGAUGGGAUAUCAGCCUGUCAAUAAGUAAUGGUGGCUGCAGCCGGAGGUUCCCUUCCUUCCCACAGACCGCCGCUGCCAGAGCCUACGCCAAGGUAGCGUUAACAAUGGAAGAUUGGGUGUUCUUUCUCCUCAGUAUCACCCUCUGCAUAGCUCUCAAAAUCCUUCUCUCCAAACUAGCAAAUACUACCCACAAGAAGCCAAACCUUCCCCCAGGCCCAAGAUUUAUACCAAUCCUGAUCAGUCCUCUCCAAUGGUUCCGGCUGACUCUCUUCGACAUCGAGCCUGUCCUCCGAUCCCUCCGCACCAAGUACGGCCCCAUUUUCACCCUCCACUUCACCUCCAGCCCGACCAUCUUCAUCGCGGACCGCAAACUCGCCCACCAGGCCCUCGUCCAGGCCGGCGCCGCCUUCGCCGACCGCCCCCCCGCCACCGAGUCCGGCCGCCUCCUCAGCAGCAACCGCCACAACAUCAGCUCCGCCCCCUACGGCUCCCUUUGGCGCCUCCUCCGACGCAACCUCAACGCCGAGAUCAUCCACCCCUCCCGCCUCAAGCUCUUCGCCCCCGUCCGUCGCUGGGUCCUCCGAAUACUCGUCAGCAAGCUCAAAGCCGAGGCCGAGGCCGGCGGUGGAGUGGUGGUGGUCAUGGAGAGCUUCCGGUACGCCAUAUUCCGCCUGCUGUUCCUCAUGUGCUUUGGCGAGAAAUUGGACGAGAAGGCCACCGAUGACAUCCAAGCCACCAUGAGACAUUUGCUCUCGUCCCUGGCCAAGUUCAACGUCUUUGCCUUCCUUCCCAAAGUCACCAAGAUUGUUUUCCGAGAAAGAUGGAAUUUGCUGCUAGUACUGCACAAGAGGCGAGAGGAACAGUUCGUCCCUCUGAUAAGAGCACGCAGAGAGCGGAAGCAGCAGCAGCAGCACGGGGAAGGCAGCUUUGCUUACGCAUACGUUGAUUCCCUUCUUGAUCUACGACUCCCCGAGGAGGGAGGGCGGCAGCUCAGUGAGUGUGAGCUAGUGAGCCUCUGCUCGGAGUUCUUGGGAGCAGGCACAGACACCACCACCACAGCCUUGCAGUGGAUCAUGGCGAACCUCGUGAAGCACCCAGACGUACAAAGAAAGUUAUUGGAAGAGAUUGAAGCGACGAUGGGGAGCGACGCAGUGGAGAUUGUGGAAGAGGACUUGCAGAGGAUGCCGUAUCUUAAGGCAGUGAUCUUGGAAGGGCUGAGGCGGCACCCACCGGCCCACUUCGUGGUGCCUCACGCGGUCACGGAAGACGUGACCCUGAACGGGUAUUUGAUACCGAAGGGGGCGGCGAUUAAUGUUACAACCGCGGAGAUGGGGUGGGAUGGGAAGGUGUGGGAGGAGCCGAUGGAGUUCAAGCCGGAGAGAUUCUUGGCCGGGGGUUCAGGGGAGGGGGUGGAUAUAACCGGGAGCAAGGAGAUCAAGAUGAUGCCUUUUGGGGUGGGGAGGAGGAUAUGCCCGGGGCUCGGGCUGGCGAUGCUACAUCUUGAAUACUUCGUGGCCAAUUUGGUCAGAGAUUUCGAAUGGAAGGCUGUGGAAGGAGAAGUGGACCUUUCUGAGAAGCUCGAUCUCACUGUUGUCAUGAAGAAUCCUCUUCGAGCUCGAAUGCUUCCGAGAUGAAAUAAGUGAAAUCAAUCUUGCCUUUCGUUCAUGUUAACAAGGUGAGAUAGAGACGAAGUGUUGCAAGCUCUUCUGUUAUAUCAUAUGCUGGGCUCUUUUGUUUUGAAUAAAAUUUUAUGCAGGGACUUGAACGAA